AUGACAGGGUUAGGCCACACUGAACCUCUUCAAACGAAAGCUGAAACAAAUGACGAAAGUCCCCAACCAGAAAAAUGUCUUGAUGGAACUAACUGUAAAUCCCAGCAGGGGAGUGACAUUCAUCAUGAAACUAUAAACGCAAACAAACUAAUUGUAGGCGAUUCUAUUACACGUCAUGUCAAAGCUAGUAAAAUGUUCCCGCGUACCUCUGUUGACCAUCGUAAAAUAUAUACCAUUGCACAGGCCAUUGACGCAGCUAAAGUUUUCAUAUCACCGUCAGUGGACACUGUUGUAUAUCACAUAGGAACCAAUGAUUUAAUGAGUGGGAAAUCGCCCGCUGAAUGCAUUGACCAAAUGGUUGAACUAGUAGACACUACGACUAACAAUAUGCCAAAUGCAAAUAUAGUAAUCUCUGAUGUAUUGAAGCGUCAUAAUAACAAGAACGUGAAUGAUAAUGUGCAAGAAUUUAACCUACUUUUAUUCAACAAGAUGAAAUUACGCAAGAAAGUGACAAUCGUAAAACAUAAUGAAUUGUCGGCAAAUUCCGAAUUGUUUGAUGAUGAUG